AUGCAGCCACUAACCAGUAACAUCAUUAUUUUCUUAGCAGUGCAGUGCUCGCUGCUGGCCCUGGUACUGGUGGUUCGGUCAAACUUCUGCCUGGCAGCCCUCGUCCAGGUGAUGUACGAACGAGUGGAUCAGUACAAUGGUAGUGAAUAUAUCAUGUUUAAGAAUUUACGCAUCCGCAAGUACAACCGAACGAUUUCUGUAUUGGAUGGAGAGUUUGAGUUGUUUCAGGAUUUAGACGACAGUUACGCACUCUCGUUAGUACUGUCGUACAGCACCUUGGGCAAUAAUCAGUUCAUACGAUCACCGUUCCGAAUUCCGCAGCAACCAUUUUGCCAGUUUUUGAACACAACCUACAGAGAUUAUCGCGAGUUUUACCGCAAUACCACCAACUUCCCGGACGUAGGCACCUGCCCGAUGGCCGCUCAGCUGUACUUUAUCCGGAACAAGGUCCUAGACGUUAACUUGAUCAAUCCAGCCUUUCCGAAAGGACUUUGGCGGGCGGAUAUUUUGAUUUUUCACGACGGAGAAGACUAUCCUAUCGUAACGAUAGAGAUGUACAUUAAAGUCACUCACGAGGAUGUCUUUUAG